UAUUUGUCAAAACUCAAAAUAUCAAAACAAUACCAGGUGGUAAGGGGGUUUAUUGAAGAAUUUAAAUAUUAGUAAAAGACUUUAUAACCCUGCUGCCUUUAUUAGUUUUAUUUUUUUAAUAUUAAAGGGUCUCUAAAAGCGGAAUCGUAAUAUCAUUUCGCUCCCCAGUUUUAAUUGCUUGAACACCAAAAUGAAUCUUCUCCCAAAAACCUACAAGGAAUUUGGUGAAAAAGACUAUUGGAAUAAGUUUUUUAAAAACAGAGGCAAUAAAGCUUUUGAAUGGUAUGGAGAAUAUUUAGAACUGUGUGCUCAUCUACACAAAUACAUUAAACAGACCGACAAGGUCCUUAUACCUGGAUGUGGAAACUCUAGCCUGAGUUCUGAUCUUUAUGAUGUUGGCUAUAAGAAUAUCAUUAACAUUGAUGUCUCGGAAGUGGUAAUAAAACAGAUGAAAGCUAAGAAUGCACAUAGGACAGAUAUGUCAUUUUUACAUAUGGAUGCUCUCAACACAACAUUUAAUAACGAUGAAUUCAAUGUAGUGCUGGACAAAGGAACCUUAGACGCUCUUAUGCCAGAUGACUCAACUGAAACUCUUCUGAGAAUAGACAGUUAUUUCUCGGAAAUUAAAAGAUUAUUGAAGUUAGGGGGAAGGUUUAUUUGUAUAUCCUUGCUGCAGGGUCACAUUUUGAGUAAGUUGAUAGACUUCUUCUGUGACAAAUCCUGGUUGUUCAGGAUCGUAAGGUGUCAUGAGGCUGAGGAAAAAAGUGCAGAGAGUGAUGAAGGAACAACAUUACCGGUAUUCAUUGUUGUUGCCACCAAAUUUAAGAAAUGUCCGAGAUUAAUUCUAGAAGUAUGUAUGGCGGGUGAGAAGAUGCAGAGUGUUCAAUCCACAGACGAACUGAAGUCGAUAAUUAAAUCCGUUCAGGAUACAGCGUUUGUCACUAAUGGACUGGCUAAGGCAGAUCUGGAUGAAGACGACGAGGUCUGCUUGGACCUCAUGCAGCCUGGGGACACAAACCCUCGAUACACACUUUUCAUCAUAAACCAGAAGAAAUAUCAGACGGUGAACAAGUAUGCGGUGUUUAUUGUGCCUCAGGGCAGGCAAUGUGAAUGGUUAUUUGGCACACCAGCCGGCAGGAGACAACUCCAGGAUUCAGCACGAUUUGGCCGGUUGGUUGUGGCCUGUCUGAACAGAGGACAUCAGUUCCCAAGCCUUGAUGCCGUCAAGGACGAACUGGCUCAUGCUGCUAAGAUGCUAAUGCCCAGUGGGUUCAGUGGACAGAUACCGUUCCUGUCUCUGGGUGACGUCGGGUCGCGCAGUCAGGUGUGGUCCGGCGAGUCGUGUUCGGGGCCUUACGUGGUGGAAGAUGUGUCCGUGGACGGGAUCCUCCACCGCCGGCUGGUGUUCCUUCACCACCAGGGUCUGGUGCAGUCCGAGGCGAGGUUAAAGACUGUUAAAAGGAAGAAUAAAUCCAAGCUGGUGGUAGACUUCGGCGCCGUGUCCUUGUACCAUUCAAUAAUGAUCCUCGGCUUACAUCUCAACGACGCUGUCAGCGGCGAGGUCGCGGUGCUCGGCCUGGGAGGUGGCGGCCUCUGUAUGUUCAUUAAGAAAUGUUACGACGACGUUAAAGUAACGGCCGUCGAAAUAGACGCGGACAUGCUGGACGUGGCUAGAGAAUACUUUGAGCUGGAAGUCGACGAACGUCUGGAGGUGCAGGUCAAAGAUGGUCUGCAAUUUUUACAGGAGGAAGCCAAUGCUGGUAAGCAGUACUCGUGCGUGAUGUACGACAUGGACAGUAAGCAGCACGCGGGUGUCUCCUGUCCCCCGGAACAGUUCCUGGAGGAACACGCGCUGGAACUGCUGGUGGCUGUGCUGGGGACGGGACAAUUCAUCCUAAACUUUGUAUGUCGAGAUAAGCAAAUACGGGAGUCGACGUUGGACGUAUUGAAGAAAUACUUUAAAUAUAUCGCGACCGUCCAGCUUGAGACAGAGGUCAAUGAAAUCAUAUUUGCAACGAACGGAGACAGAGCGUACGACGCGCAGAGGAUGGAAGCAGCCGUGACCGACGUGAACCAGGCAGCGAGGCAGAGGAAACUCGUUAAACUGAAAUGUAUAGACAUGAAGGAUGUCCUUGACACGCUCAGUGUAGUCAAAUAGACGACAACAGUCGUGUAACCGGCGUAUAGAGUCACGCAGGUGAAUGUAUUACAAAUGAAACUAAUGUGUAAAUAAAAUUAACGCAUUUAA